CUCCGAUACAACCUAUCAUUUCUCCGCCACAUUGAGAGGUCAGCGGUCAGCCAUUUACAGCCAUAUACGCCACUUUGAAAUCUUCAAAAACUCCUUUCUCACCGCUCAUAGGCCACUCUCUCUCCUCCCUGCUCUCUACGUCUCCCUCCCCCUCUCUUCAUUUGGCUCUACAUCGAAAGGUGGAUACUGGAACCUCAAUCCUUUCAGGUUUUCACACACAGCGGCGUAGAUCGUAGAUCAGAGAGGAAAAGGCAUGAUGACUGAUCAGCCACAAUACCCAAGGGUUGCUCAGAAGGUAGCUGGCAAGCUCCUUCUUAGAUCUAGCCCAGUUCAAGAUUUUCGGACUUAUGAGAUAGGUUUUCAGCAGCCUUCUCUUUAUCAGAGGAAAUUCCAUUAUGGGAAUUACACCAAUACUGCAUUGCAUUAUUCUAUGUUGCAACCAUGUCGAGCUACACAAGAUCUAUCCAUGGUUGCAUCGAAUGUGUCUCCUGUUUUUGUCCAAGCCCCUUCAGAGAAAGGCUUUGCUGGUUUUGCCAUUGAUUUUCUCAUGGGUGGAGUCUCCGCAGCUGUAUCCAAAACAGCUGCUGCUCCAAUUGAGCGUGUGAAGCUUUUGAUCCAGAACCAGGAUGAAAUGAUUAAGAGUGGUAGGCUGGCCGAACCAUAUAAGGGUAUUGGUGAUUGUUUCGGCCGAACAAUCAAGGAAGAAGGGUUCGGUUCAUUAUGGAGAGGGAACACUGCUAAUGUCAUUCGUUACUUCCCAACUCAGGCUUUGAACUUUGCAUUUAAAGAUUACUUCAAGAGGCUGUUCAACUUCAAGAAAGACAGAGAUGGUUACUGGAAAUGGUUUGCUGGCAACCUGGCGUCAGGAGGUGCAGCUGGUGCUUCUUCCCUUCUCUUUGUCUAUUCCCUGGACUAUGCCCGUACCCGUUUAGCAAAUGAUGCAAAGGCCGCGAAAAAGGGAGGCGAGAGGCAAUUUAAUGGCUUGGUUGAUGUCUACAGGAAGACAAUAGCAUCUGAUGGUAUUGCUGGGCUUUAUCGUGGAUUCAAUAUUUCAUGUGUUGGGAUCAUUGUGUAUCGUGGUCUUUACUUUGGAAUGUAUGAUUCCUUGAAGCCGGUGAUCCUUACCGAGAAGUUGCAGGAUAGCUUCUUUGCUAGCUUUGCCCUUGGUUGGGUAAUCACCAAUGGUGCUGGCCUUGCAUCCUACCCACUUGACACUGUUCGCAGAAGAAUGAUGAUGACAUCAGGUGAAGCGGUUAAAUACAAAAACUCGUUUGAUGCAUUCUCUCAGAUCCUGAAGAAUGAGGGUCCCAAGUCUCUCUUCAAGGGUGCGGGUGCAAACAUUCUCCGUGCUGUUGCUGGUGCUGGUGUCCUUGCUGGUUAUGACAAGCUGCAGGUUAUCGUUUUUGGAAAGAAAUACGGAUCUGGUGGUGGUUAA